AUGAAACCGACCGACCUGACGAUCCAGGAAACCACGCCCAACUCUAUUUCGUUGUCGUGGCAACCGCCCGAUAACCACGUGACGUCAUUGGUUGCCGGCUACACCGUUUUUGUUCUGGACGGUGAAACCGGAAGGGAGAGGCGGUUCAACCUAUCAGCAGACGAAAUAGGUGUUACCAUCAAUCAGCUGAGGCCCGGCAUAAAUUAUAAUAUUAAAUUAACUGCCUACAGCGAGAACGGUUACGGUGACGAUUCUGAUGAAGUGUCAAUAAUGACGUUACCGGAAGUCGGUAACACCAGUAGGAUGGAAUUCACUUUUAGUAAGUUGUACCCGUUUCGCGAGUACGGUUUCAGGGUUCUGCCGUACAACUCGAAUGGACAUGGACCGGCCAGCGAUCCGUGUCGGUGCCAUACUUACUCGGAUGUACCUAGCAAGCCUCCACAGAAUAUUACAGUGGAUACAUUGAGUUCGACGAGUAUUGUAGUAAGAUGGGACUCACCGGGUCCUGAACAUGAGAACGGUAUCGUAACCGGAUAUCGGAUCCGGUAUAAACCGCAUUCGGAUAAGAUCGGAUCGGCUGCCACUUUUACGGUAGAUGGCGGAACGAGAAUGUUCGAAUUGAAUA